UUUUCGCCAUGGCAACGACGUACCAGACACCGGACUCGAAGAAGGAGGAGUUCCGCAAGUACCUCGAGAAGAGCGGGGUCAUCGACUCGUUGACCAAGGUGCUCGUCGGGCUCUACGAAGAGUCGGAGAAGCCGCCGAAUGCUGUCGAUUACAUCAAGCGCUUCAUGGGCGCACCGACGGGCGUCGACGUCGAGGCCAUGCGCCUCGAAAAUGAAGAGCUCAAGAAGAAGAACGCCGAGCUGCAGAAGACGAUCGAGGAGCUCAACAAGCGCCUCACCGCCGAGGAAGAGGAAGAAGAAGAGUAAGCACAAAAGAUGUUUCAUGAUGAUGAGGA